UCUAGAAUGUCCUGUGGAGCAGCAUCAAUUUCUUUGGAACUGGAAAAUACAUGUGACCUGCAUGGCUCUUGUUUGGCUUUAGCUGUGAGCAGAGGCACUGCUGUGGGACUGCAAUCUGCUGGGAGGACACGGACUCUGGGCUCUCCUGGCACCUACCUGGGCAUCGCUGCCAUCACAUGGGGCAUGGUGCUGUGGGUGGAGGUGGGUGCCUGGACUUACCACUACAGUGACCAAGGGGACUACACGUGGGAGCAGGCCAGGAAUUUCUGCCAGACCUUCUUUACCGACCUGGUGGCAAUCCAGAACCAGCAGGAGAUCGAGUACCUCAACAAGAGCCUGCCCUACCACGGGCGCUACUACUGGAUUGGCAUCCGCAAGCUGGGCGGCAUCUGGACCUGGGUGGGCACGGGGAAGGUGCUGUCCAAGGAGGCAGAGAACUGGGCAGUGGGGGAGCCCAACAACCGCCGCUCCAACCAGGACUGUGUGGAGAUCUACAUCCAGCGGCCGGAGCAGUCCGGCAAGUGGAAUGACGAACCCUGCAACCGGAAGAAGAAGGCGCUGUGCUACCAGGCCUCCUGCCAGCCCUUCCCGUGCAGCCAGCAUGGUGAGUGCGUGGAGACCAUUGGGAGCUACCACUGCGAGUGCUACCCCGGCUUCCACGGCCCUGAGUGCACGGAUGUUGUGCAGUGUGCCAAGCUGGAGCCCAAGGGAGUGCCCAUGAACUGCAGCCAUCCCUACGGAGACUUCAGCUACAACUCCACCUGUGAGUUCGGGUGCCACGAGGGGUUUGAGCGGCGAGGGGCGGGCGUGCUGCGAUGCCUGCCUUCCCAGGAGUGGUCAGCAAACAUCCCCACCUGCACAGCCAUCACCUGUCCGGUGCUCAGAGCUCCAGACCAGGGAGAGCUGAACUGCUCCCACCUCCAUGGCAACUUCACCUUUGGCUCCACGUGUGCCUUCUCCUGCCAGAACGGGUUUGUGCUGAUGGGGCCGGAGAGCCGUGAGUGCACAGCCACAGGGAUCUGGACAGGGAAUGCCUCAAGCUGUGAAGCCAUUGCCUGUCCAGUGCUCAGUGCUCCAGAAAAAGGAGAGAUGAACUGCUCCCACCUCCACGGCAACUUCACCUUUGGCUCCACGUGUGCCUUCUCCUGCCAGAAGGGGUUUGUGCUGAUGGGGCCGGAGAGCAGUGAGUGCACAGCCACGGGGACAUGGACAGGGGAUGCCCCACGCUGUGAAGCCAUCAAAUGCUCAGCACUGACUGCCCCCAACAUGGGCCAGGCUGCCUGCUUCCAUCUCCAUGGCAACUUCACCUUUGGCUCCACGUGUGCCUUCUCCUGCCAGAAGGGGUUUGUGCUGAUGGGGCCAGAGAGCCGUGAGUGCACAGCCCUGGGGACCUGGACUGGGGACCCCACACAUUGCAAAGCCAUCAGCUGCCCAGUGCUGUCCCCCCCCAGCAGAGGACAGCUGAGCUGCUCUCAUGUGCAUGGGAACUUCACCUACAACUCCACGUGCACCUUUUCCUGCGAGGAGGGGUUUGUUCGGAUGGGAGCAGAGAUGCUCCGCUGUGAGGCCAUGGGGAACUGGACCAGGGAUCCCCCUGUCUGUGCAGAGGACAGUGCCUUCCUAAAGCAAGUCCUGGCUUACAGCAGUGGCACAGCCCUGGCAGUAGCUGGUCUUGUGCUCUCUGGGGGGCUCAUUGCCCUUCUUGCGAAGAGGCUCAGUGACAGAGAGGAGAAGAAGAAGCUCCUGAAACCCACAAGUGACCUGGGAGCACCGGGAACUUUCACCAAUGCAGCAUACGAUGCCAACCUGUGAGGUGAGGGCGGCAAGAGCCUCGCAGCACCCUGUUCAAAACUCACCUGGGUGGCCAUCUCCUGGGUGGGGACACCCCUUGGGACUGAAGUGGGUGACACCAGCUCCAUCUCUCCAGUGCUUCCAGCCUGCCUGAGACUGAAACCCCCAAGGCUGCAGGCCCAGCAGGAGCUGCUGCAGGAGCACAGAGGGACUCCAUGCCUGUGGUUGUAGCCUGGACCACAGCUGCCCCUGCACACUGCCACCAUGCUGCGUGUAUAGCAUUCCCCUGGGAAGGGGAGCUGCUUCCAGUGCAGGCAGCUGGAGACCCACCAUGGGCCAAGAGCCACGUGCUGGGGGCAGCCUGCCACCCAGCCCUUGGACAUUCUCCCCCUGGGAAUUGGGACAUUCCCCGAUAGCUGCUCCACUCGUGCUUUCAUCAAUGAGCUUGUGUCAUCGGGGUCUGA